AAAACCGGAGACUCGGAGUGAUAGAUAUACCCUUCAGUCUAAAAAGGGCGUCUCAGGGCAGUUCAUCAAGGAAUCUCAGGGACAUCUCGGAACCAGAUCAGAUGAAGAUGAAGAAUCCAUCAUGCCUUACCCAAUAUGCAUGCACAUCCCAUUGAAAAUUUAAUUAAUUACAUCCGGGUCCAAACAUACCCAAGUACUCCGUACUCAAGUAGGCAAGGUAUAUAUGCCAUCAUCCAUCCAUCCAAUUUCCAACCUCACUACCUCCCAAGGUAUAUAUAUAUAUAUAUAUCCGCACCCCUCUCCCUCCAUUCACAAACCCCCACCAGAACCUAGCUCAGUUUAAACGAAUUACUCGUCCCGGUAAACGGCUUCACGCUACCAAUCAGCGGCUUCGCGUCGCCAUAGUAGCGUAUCCGAUACGUGCCCGCGCCAUCAUCCGCGGCGCUCGUCUCCCAGGAGAUGACGACCGCGCUGUAGCCAAGGACGAAGUUUGUACGGGACCACGUGUAGACGAGGGCCCAGUCUUCGUCGCUGCGGACCUGGGCCCAGGUCGUGCCGUCUGACCCCAACUUCUCGACGGCGGCGUACGUGCCCUCGAGCCGCAGGUUGUUGCGCGGGUUGGCGCCGGCAAAGGUGGCGUUGACGACGUCGCCGCGCGCGUAGGCGGGCC